GUUACUCGUACGUCUCGGGCGGCAUGGUAUAAAAGGCCACAAAUCAUUGACGGGCAGCAUCAUUAACCCGACAACUGAAAAGCACUCAAGAUGCGUCUAUUUGUGACCCUUUGCACUCUGCUGGCCCUCAGCCAGGCCAAGCCCCAGCCCCAGCAGGGCUAUAACUAUGGCAGCGGACUCUCCGGCACUCUGACAACCCACACCCAGAGUACCCAGGGAGGCGGUGGCGGCUUCCUGAGUGCGCCCAGCAACACGCAGAGCUCUGUGGCCUCCUAUGGACCCCUGGGCGCCUUCCAGAGCGCCAGCGUUGGCUCUCUUCUCGGCAGCUCUGGCGGUGUGCCAGCCGCUCCUCAGGCUAGCGGACACUUUGGCGGUGGCGGCGGCGGCGGCGGCUACAGCAGCGGCGGCGGCAGCAACUACGGCAGUGGCUCCUCCUCAUCGAACUUUGGUGGCGCCAACUCCAACUAUGGCGGCUCCGCUGGCGGCUUCUCCGGAGGCUCCACGGGCAGCUUUACUGGCUUUGGUCCCACUCCGAACAUCGGCUUUGGCGCCCUCGCGGGCUACCAGGCGCCCAGCUACCAGCAGCAGCAGGAGCAGGAGGUGCAGCGCGGCUUCCAGGAGCCGAUCAUCCACAAGCAGUUCUUCACCGUCGCCGCGCCCGAGGAGCACGAGAAUCUGGAACGGGCCAAGCAUCUGGUGAUCGGUCGCCCACAGAAGAACUACCGGGUGGUGUUCAUCAAGGCCCCGUCCUCGAGCAAUGCCAACGUGAAGCUAUCGGCCGAGUAUGCGCCCAAGGAGGAGAAGACCGUCAUCUAUGUGCUGUCCAAGAAGGACAACCAGCUGGAGGUCAACGACAUUGCCACACCCGCACCCACAGUGCCCAGCAAGCCGGAGGUCUUCUUCAUCAAAUACAAGACGGAGGCGGAGGCGUCUCACGCCCAGCAGCAGAUUCAGGCUGAAUACGACAGGAUCGAGGGCACCUCGGAGCAUAGCGAUGGCGGCGUGGCGCCUGCCCAGUCUGUGGUCGGCAUCCUCGAUGGCGGCUCCCUUGGCUCUGCCAGCGGUGGCAGCUCUCAGUACACUGCUGGCGGCGGCUCUUCCUCUGCUGGUGGCUACACCUCCGCCAAUGGCGGCUCGUCUGGUGGCUACACCGCCUCCAAUGGCGGCUCGUCUGGUGGCUACACCUCCGCCAAUGGUGCAGGCGGGGGCUACACCGCCACUGUGUCGGGUGGCAGCUCUGGCGGCCACAAGGUUGCCCAAAGUGCCACCUAUCUGCCGCCCAAUGGCAAAUAGGAUGGCAAAUCGAUGGCAAAUAGCAUGAUAAACCCCCCUUUUUUUUUUUGUUGUAUAAAUAUCUCCCAAGUAACCCUCGAAAAUAAA